AUGUCUGAGUACCCCCAGAUGUGUCAAACCUCUCCCCGGGUACCCCCAGAUGUGUCAAACCUCUCCCCGGGUACCCCCAGACGUGUCAAACCUCUCCCCGGGUACCCCCAGACGUGUCAAACCUCUCCCCGGGUACCCCCAGACGUGUCAAACCUCUCCCCGGAUUCAACAGUUUCAAGGCGCUCCUCCAUCAGGAAUCUCCCAGAGAGAAGGAUUGUUCUGCUUGGAAAAAGCGGUGUUGGGAAGAGUGCAACAGGAAACAUAAUCCUUGGUGGGAAAAGUUUCCAUUCUGAACAGAAAUGGUCCUCAGUAACACGUAAAACAGAAAUGAAGCAGGCAGCAGUAGAUGGGAGGGAUGUCAGGGUGGUUGACACUCCAGGACUGUUUGACACAACGCUUACUGCGGAAGAACUGGCAAUGGAGAUUGGUAGUAGCAUCUAUGAGUCUAGUCCAGGGCCUCAUGCCUUCCUCUUAGUUUUAAGAGUGAGUGACAGGUUCACAGAGCAGGAGAAAAAUGCUAUUGAAAUUCUAGAGAGUGUGUUUGGAUCAGGACUGGCAAAGCACGCCAUCAUCCUCUUCACCCAUGGAGAUGCGUUAGAGGGUCGUGGUGUAGAGAGGCUGAUUAGUGGGAACAAGGACCUCCGUAGAUUGGUAGAGCAGUGUGGGGGGAGGUACCAUGUCCUCAACAAUAAAGCUAAAGGGAACAGAUCUCAAGUCACAGAACUGAUGGAGAAGAUAGACAGAAUGGUGGAGGAGAAUGGAGGAACCUGCUUCACCAAUGAGAUGUUUGAGGAGGCAUCCAGGGCUAAGAAAGAGUGUGACCCUAUAGAUCUAACCAACAACAGGUUCCUACUGCCCACCUCCUGCCGUUGA